CAUUAUGCAUAAUAACAAUAGACUGAUACCAAGUAAAAUGUAUUGUAAGUUAUUGGAAUCUGUUUUUCUUCACUUAGACAUUUAAUUUUAAGUAUUCAAAAUAAACAGUCAAAUAUGAAGUUAGCGGUGAUUAUCAUUUUUGCAUCUAAGUUUUUCCAAGGAACACCUCAACUGAUUCGUGAUCCCGCUGUACUUCACCAAUUACAUGAAAUAAAAAAUGAUGAACCGUACAAGAUCCAAUCCGUAAAAGGUUCCCUUUAUGAUGAAAAACAAUUUCUAUUAAAUCCCAAGGUUUCUAACGACACACAAAAUAGCAGAAAUGGUAAUAUUGCACCAGAGAUAAAUUAUCCUAAGUACAGUAUAAAAUAUAAAACUGAAAAGAGUCAAAUAAAAGAUGAACCAACAAUACGUUUAGAUACUGAAAAUGCAAUUAUAAACGUCGAAAGAAAUGACAAUGUAGAAAUACAUCGACAAUUAAUAGAAUUUGAUUCGAUGAACAUACAAACCCCUAACAAUUCUCAAAAUUUGAUAAAUUCAUUUAAAGAAGAUAACAAGGGUGAAACAUAUAUCGACGUUUUUAAUUACGAUGAUGAUAUAGAUGACAGAGAUAUAGAUUAUACCAGAAUACUCUUUGAUGGACAUAGCGAUGAAGAUGUAAAUGAUAGCCAAAAUACACGACGGCUAAUAGCCGAUACUCAGAAUCUGCAUCCAGUUAUAUACGAUAUGGAAAACACCCCACACACUUAUCGCGGCUUAAAAAAUAUUGAAGAAGAAAAUUCAAAUAAACCUGAUGAUAACAUAGUCGAGAAAAAUGAUAAAUUAGAUUCGGAAGCAUCCUCGAAAGAAUCAGGGAAAAAAUGUUCUGAAAUUGAAACAAAUGAAAACUCAAAACGGACUUCGGAUCAAGACAAGAAAAGUGAUUCUUUUUAUACAAAUUUAAAAAACAAUACACCAAAUGAGGGUAGUGGUAUUUCUAAAAUGGUAAAGUCACGCAUGAUGCUCUUAGGACACCCACGGGUAUGUUUUGCUUGCAAUAGCAUUAAAGACUCAAAUUGUUGGUCUCCAAAUAGAAAAACUCCAGUUAAAUAUUGUCGCCGUGAACAUAAUUCCUGCAUGACAAAAGUUUUCACCCAUAAAGGUAAACCGUACAUAUUACGAGAUUGCACUGAGCAGUGUUUUUCAAAAGCUGAAACUGAAGUUGGUUUAGCAUAUGCUUCGUGCACCAUUUGUGAAAAUGAUUUAUGUAACAGCGCUCAAAUGACCACAAUCCAGUAUAUUGUUCCUUUUAUAUUUGUUAUAAUCAAUUUAUAUUUUUGUUUGAAUGACAAUGAAUAUUAUUCCUAUUUACAUUUUUAGAAAAUUAUAUCUAAAUACUCUUAUGUACAUAGCACUCGCUUGGUUGUAGAGGAUAGAAUAAAAAAUAUAUCAUG